UCGCGGUGAAGCGGCCACCGCGAAAACCGCGAACAUUAAACCACCGCGAACAUUUCUGUAUUUACAGUAAUCCGAAGAGCGGUUAUACCGGCUAUACAAACAUGGACUUUCAGACGCAUCCCAUCUCCAACUCAGUGAGUUCAUCUGGAGGUCAGCAAUAUAAUUACCCGCCUCCAGCGUAAAUAUUAACCUGAGUCAGCGUCUCUCAGAGAGAAGACUUGUGUGCCUCCCUUACCGAGUCUUCCUCGUUUUUCUCAAGAACAAAAGGUUGUUCAGACGUCGACACCACACGGAAGCUACUGAAGAUGGAACAGUGGUUUGAAUACAAAGGAGCCUUCUUUGACCACCGGGUGGUGUCAAAAGAGACGCUCGACAACAUGCCUGAUUACAUCAUACGCGAUGAUGACGUCGUCAUUCUGACUUAUCCAAAAGCAGGCACAAACUGGACCAUUGAGAUCGUCAACAAGCUCAUGAGAGCAGCUGGGAAGACGGACAUGGAGGCAAAGGACAUCCCGUGGUUUUUUGAAGGGACGUUGCCCGAAUUCGGCAAGCCAGGUCACGUGAUCGUGGAGGACCACCCAUCGCCGAGGAUCGUUCACACCCACCUUCCCUGGCACCUGGCCCCGAAAAUGGUUUCCAGCCCGAAGGGCAAGGUGAAGGUCAUAGUGGUGAUGAGAAACCCAAAAGACACGGCGGUGUCCCUGUACCAUUUUCUCGUCAAGUUCGAACGUUUAACGGGCAUACAGUCUGUCACAUCAUGGGACAAGUGUGCAGAGGAUUUUCUGAAUGGGAUAGCUCCAAAUGGUGACUUCUACGACCAUGCACUUGGCUGGUGGCAAAUGCGAGACGACCCUCACUUCCUGUUCCUUAAGUAUGAAGACAUGAGGAAGGACCUGUCCAAUGCUGUCGGGAAGAUGAAAGAAUUCCUGGACAUCACUUUGGAUGACGUCACCACCUCAGACAUUGUCGAGUCCUGUACCUUCGACAGCCUGAAGACCUCUUGGUCCGAAGCGGGAAACCAAACAAAGAGUCUCAUCGUCAGGAAAGGUGUGGUUGGUGACUGGAAGAACACCUUCACCGUAGCUCAGAGCGAGGCUUACGACGCCAAGUACAGGGAGAAAUUGGAGGGAACUGGUCUGCAGUUUGACUUUGAGUAAACAGUCCGGAAGGGAAGGAAAGCUUAAGGGUUGCCAGAUGUUGUACCAGCACUACACGCCAGAGGGUGUUAUUGUCCGAUACGGAUUACUAGUAUAUCUCAAUGAAUACAUAAUCAACAGAAGUCCACUUGUGGUUCAUUACAAGACGUGCGUUAUGUGAAACAAUACGGUACUCACUAACCCCUUCCCUGGCUGUCAGAGUACAGCGCUAGCCGGCCAAGGGAAUUAUGGCCCGGGGCGGCCGAUACGAUUUUACGGGGCAUGUUGCUAGGGGCUCGGGAAAACCCGUAGCCGCUACCUGAGCGCUGUACUCUGGCAACCAGGGUAACUAAUCCCCUGCAGACCCUAACCAUUCAUUCCUUGAUACUUGGGAGUUUGGUAGAAUACUGAAUG